AUGACUCGACACGGUCCUAUGCCGGUUCACGACCGAGUCAACAAGAUCGGACGAAGGAUAAGGGCGGAUAAGAGUUUGAGCAGCAAGGACAGAGAUCGUAUCGCUCUCAAUCUGCAGCGCCUGCAAAAGCCAGGGGGAAACGAGGCUGAUAGAACAAAGGCGAAAAUACUGCGCGAAAGCAUGCAAUAUAUACUCAAAAGCAAUUGCCGCCACAGCAUACUGGCUUUCCUGGCCCUUGGAGGCGAGCCUUACAAGCUGAACAAAAGCACAAAGCAGAAGAAAGUCGGGCAGAUCCAAGUGUCGAACCUAAAACACACAUUUAAGGACCCAAUCCGUCUCGGUAGCAAAAGAGCCGUACGGGAAUGUCAGGGUCGCUCGGGACGCUGA